AUGUUUGAUUGGGUAAACUCAUAUAUUUAUGGUAACACUAGUAGAAAUUCAAUUAAUGAUGAGCUUAAAUUUGACAUAUCUUCAAAUGAAGCCAUAGAAUAUUUCCAAACCUUAACUAUCGAAGAACUCAAAGAACAAUUUGAACUUCAUUUUGCGCCAGUUAAAAGUCAAUUGAAGAAUUAUGGAAUUGUUCGUUGUGAAUCCAAGAAAUUUUGUUCAUUAAUUUUAAAUGAUAAUCUUUCACCAUCUUUCAAAAUGAAUCAUAUAUUUGAUAUAGUUUGUUUUAACUUAUCUGGUUAUGAAAAAUGCUUUCUUUAUCUCAGACCUAAAUAUGGAUCGAAUUGGUCUAAAAAGAAGAUCAAAUUUAUGGAGAUCAUAAGUGCACAUUUGAAUAUUAUUAUCAUAAAGAAGAAGAGUAUAACAUUAGAUGAUGUUAUUUCUGAUCUAAAAAUCAAAAUUAAUUGUUCAAUGGAUCAAAGAAUUUUAAUCCCUGAUAAUCACCGUGAACAAGAACCUCUAUAUAUCAUGUACAACCCAAAAUCAGCAAUGAAUUUUUAUCAAAAUGUUGAGAAUCUUUCUAAAAUGACUCAAAUGAUUGAUUUAUAUAAAUCAAGAAUUGAGAAUAAUCCAUGGCAAAGUUAUACAUUAAUUAAAGUUGUACCUAAAUUACAUCAUCAUAAUGAUGUUAAUGGUGGAAAUGUAUUUAAUUCAAAUAAUUUUUUACAACAUCAUGAAUUGGAUUAUAACAAACCCAAUGAAGUAUUUAUCUUUAUUGAUACAGCAGCUGAUGGACUUCGUCAAAGCCAUUAUAAAAAAAUUAUCAAACCAAUUAAUUCAGCUAAAUCAAUUUACAGGUCUUAUCAUACUUUAAAAUCUCCUAAAGAGAUGUUAAUUCAGAUUUUGGGGGAAGAUUUCAAAAGUUGGUUUUUUUAUAUGCAAGAGUUACUAAUCAAUAAACAUUUGAAUAUUGUUGAAAAUAGAAAUAGAAGACCAUCAUAUUUCAAAGGAUCAGCUAGAAUUCAUCCAGAUUCAAAUAUUUCUGAAUUUGUUCAAGUUGGAUAUAAAUUGAAUUUAUCAAAUGAAUAUAUAAAAUCAGUUUGUAUGUCACCUGGUAUCUUACCUAGUUAUGAUGAGAUUUCUGGGUCAUGA